CAUUUCUUCAGUUCAUGAGUUGUUUUCUGAUAUCUUAUUUCCAUCUGAACAUCCAUCUUUUGGUUUGAUCAUGGCUGUUGUUGAAAAUGCUGAUGUGAAAGUCGACUCUUCUGAUCAUGAUUCAGACAACAAUACUGAUUCCUUAGAAGACACAAAACUGCCAUCUCCUGAUGAUCAGAAAUCUAAAUCCAAUAGCUCUGUCGAAACUCCAAAUAUCACAAACGAAUCAACACAAAGAACCAGUGAUGAAGUGAAUCUCAAGAGUCAUUUGAAUCCAAUGGCUAAGGAAUAUGUUCCUUCUCCGCUUGCUCUAAACCACUCCGAGUUCUUAAGAAAUAGAUUAUGGUUUGCUAACUAUUUUCCAAUGCAAGUUAUUUCUAUUGAGGAGACUGGCCAUUUUGCUACAAGGAGAAUGAACUUUGACCAAGGGAGGCGAUCGAUGAAGAAAAGAACAAACUUGAGUCAGAUCAGGAGAACUAUAUAUGUCUUAGACAUCGAUCAACAAGUUACUGAGGAGCAGCUUGCAAGUCUAUUUUUAUCUUGUGGCCAGGUUGUUGAUUGCCGUAUAUGCGGUGACUAUAAGUCUAUUCUCCGUUUUGCCUUCAUUGAGUUCACUAAUUCAGAGGGAGCUAGGUCUGCUUUAGGAAAAUCGGGUACUAUGGUUGGUUCUCAUCCUAUUAGGGUUCUUAUUUCCAAAACAGCGAUCACGCCUGUUAACCCAUAUUUCCUUCCAAAGUCUGAGGACGAGCGAGAGAAGUGUGCAAGGACUGUUUACUGUACUAACAUUGGCAAAAUGGUCACUCAAACGGAAUUGGAAGAUUUCUUUACAACAGCUUGUGGUGAGGUUCACCAUCUGAGGCUGCUUGGAGACAGUUACCACGAAACCAGCAUUGCUUUUGUCGAAUUUAGUCUGGCAGAAAGUGCAGUUUCUGCUAUUAAUUGCAGUGGUAUUGUCUUGGGAGGGCUCCAAAUAAGAGUAAGCCCGUCAAAGACGCCAGUGAGGCCACACCGCUCUGAUGUAAACUAAAGCUAAGUGCAAAUAGAGACAGAGAGGAGGAUGCUUGAAACUAGUUGAAAGCGUUUUCUGUUCAUAUAAAGAUCCUUUUGUUCGGCAGGCUGCUCGGGUAUCUUUUGAACUAUGAACUAUCAGUAACUUAGGCUAAUCUUUCUUCUUCUUCUUCUUCUAUAA